AUGGGCUUCUUCUACUCCCAACUCUUUGUCACCCCUCCACUCCCAACCCGCCCCUUCACCAACGAAACAGUCAUCGUCACUGGCGCCAACACCGGCCUCGGCCUCGAAGCCGCGCGCCACAUCGCCCGACUCGGCUGCUCCCAACUGAUCCUCGCCUGCCGCAACACCAAAGCCGGCGAGACCGCCAAACAGUCCAUCCUUGCCAGCCUCCCCACCUCAACCCCCAAAUCCUCCAUCCCAGAAAUCCAAGUCUGGCCCCUCGACCUCUCCUCCUACGCCUCCAUCACAGCCUUCGCUACCCGCUGCACCACAUCCCUACCCCGCCUCGACGCCCUCCUCGCCUCCGCCGGCAUCGCCACCGCCAAAUGGUCCCUCCUCGAAGGCCACGAAUCCUCCAUCACAGUCAACGUCCUCGGCACUUUCCUCCUCUGCCUCCUGCUAAUCCCAAAACUCGAGUCCACCGCGAAGCAGUACUCCCAAACCACAGACCUCCCACCACGCAUCUCGAUCGUCAGCAGCGAAGUGCACAAACACACACUCUUCACCCAACAGCACGCGGACAACAUCUUUGCGGCUCUCGACGAGGGGCCGUUGGAUGCUCAGGGCAAGAAUGUCCUCGCGGAUAGAUACCCCGUCUCAAAACUCCUGCAGAUCCUCCUCGCGCGGUACGGACUUGCGCCGCGGCUGACGCAGCAGGGCAGUCCGGUGGUAGUGAACUACCUUAGUCCGGGACUGUGUCAGAGUGAGCUGAAUCGGGAGGGGAACAUGGUUGUAAGGAUCAUGAAGGCGAUUUUUGGGAGGACGGCGGAAGUCGGGGGAAGAAUACUGGCAGCAGGUGUUGGAGCCGCUGUGGAUGGGAAAGAGGGGGUGAGGCUGUUCGGAGAGGGGCACGGGAAGUACAUGCGUGAUGGGGUUUUCGACGAUGGGGAUCUGGGACAGUGGGCUGCGAGCGAGGAGGGGAGGAAGGUUGGCGAGAGGUUGUGGGCGGAGAUGUUGGAGAUCUUGGAGCACGUGGAUGGGGUGGAGGGGUUGAAGAGGUGGGAGUGA